AUGGAGGUGCGUGGUCCUCGGAGGAAUCGCAGCUACUUUUCUAAUCUCUAUGAGAACAUGCUACAAGCCAAUGAAGCACCAGGAAGAGGGCAGCAGCAGCCCCCAGCAGUCCAUACAAAUAGCAACAUGACUCUUGGGAGCAGUACCCCAGCCAAGGGGGGGCCCCAGCCAAAUAAGCUUCAGAGCAACACUUCCUCCAGCUGUGACCCAGCGUUACGGCCUAUCAUACGUCGCCGAGCAAGAUCUUUGCCUACAUUGCCUGAAAGAAGGAAGCGGGCAGCAGUGCAGUGUCAAGUUCCUGGAUGCCAGAGUCGUAUGAACCGGGUGAGGUUUGCUGAUGCUUUGGGCUUGGAGCUCACUGAAGUGAAAGUCUUCCAGACUGGGGAGGAUCCAUCGAUCCCCUUGCAUGUCCUUUCCAGGCUCUCCAUAAACUCAGACCUCUGGUACAGCAGCUUGGACUUGGAGUUUACCAUGCAGUGCUUGGUCCCUGAUUUCCAGCAGCCUGCAGACUGUCCAGAUUUCUCCUCCCGACUUCAGGAGCAACAGGUGUGUCUGGAACGAGUGACCAGCUCGGAUUUGGGACUCAGUGGCACCAUCCAGGUUCGCAAUGUUGCUUUUGAGAAGCGGGUGUCUGUGCGAUACACCUUCAACCAGUGGAAAAGCCUCCAUGAAGUGUGUGCUCAUUGGCACAGUAGCAUCCCUGAGAAAAACGGGCAGGAUCAAGUUGAUGUUUUCACUUUCUUUCUCCCUGUGCCUCCUUUCCUCCUUCAGCUGUGCUCUGUAGUCCAGUUUGCAGCAAGGUACCAAGUCAAUGGCCAGGAGUACUGGGAUAACAACAGAGGCAAAAACUACAGCCUUACCUGCCGGACUCACCCCCUUAAGAUGCCGAGAGAAUGUGAGGAUAGCUGGAUCCACUUCAUCUGAGCAAAGGAAGUGGAUGCAGAACAGCUUGUCAGUAGUCUGGGUGGCACUUCCCUGGCCUGGCUCUCUGCUCCUAUGGCAACAGUCUCGUUUUGAAACCUGCCAAACCUGGCAGAGUGUUCCAGGACAGGGAAGUAGCCAAUGACCCGUACAAACUGUUCUAAACCUCUCAGAAAGUAAAAAGGGCCAAAAUGUGUAUUGAGUUACAUCCUCUGAAAGCCCACAUGAUUUCUUGU